GCUGCUGCUGCUGCUGCAGGGCCAGCUGCUUCUGUUGCAGGUGCACCUGCUGCUGCUGCUGCAGCACGAGGUGCUGCUGCAGCAGCUGCUGCUGAAGCUCUGCAGGGGCAAGUCGCUGCUGCUCCUUCCGCUGCUGCUGCUGCUGCGCCAGCUGCUGCUGCUGCUUCAGCAGCAGCGGAUUCUUAG